ACGAGGUUAACCAAAUGGGACCGUUUCGUCUAGCGUCAAUACGCCUUACUAAAAUGACUUGAUACUAAUGCAGAUGUAACCUGUGAACAUUCCUCAUCUUCAGACAUCACCUGACCUCACCUUGACCUUGACCUCAUUUUAGACUUAGGUUGCUUUAUAUUAGCCAUCUCUUGGUUAACCAAAUGAGACCGUUUCAUCUAGCAUUAAUACUGCUUACAAGAAUGAAUUGAUACUAAUACAGAUGAAACCUGUGACCAUUCCUCAUCUUCAAACAUCACCUGACCUCAGUUUGACCUUGACCUCAUUUUGGACUUAGGUUGCUUUGUAUCGACAAGAAUGCCACCGGGGGCAUCAAGUGUUUAUUGAAUGCAGCUCCUUGUUUCUAAAGUUACAUUUUUGUAAUUUUAGUAAUUUGCGAAUUUGAUAAUGUAAUGAUACAAUUUUAACCAAACAUGCCACUAAAAUAAAGUUGACUUACACCGAAUUUAAGUAGCUGGCUAAUCUGAUAUACCUUGGAUUUUUAAAGAAAUCCAACACGAGUAUGAAUUUGUAAAUAAACUAAAUAAAACAAUUUGAAGGUUAACCUUUUUAACAGGGAUUAAAGUAUUGAUCAGUACACAGUUUAUUAUUGACAAUUUGCAGAAUGUACAUAACCUUAUCUAGUUAGUAUGCAAUUUCAGAGGGUAAAAUUUUCUAAAGCAAAUAUUUGUUUAAUAGGAGAGAUUUAUAAGAGUGUGAUCUUUUUCCACAGAAUAUUCUGUCUUGUGUCAACUUAAAUAAACGUGUAUUGGUACAUGUUAGGAUGCCACUAUUUGUUGAUGAAGAACCUUUUGGUUCAAGUCUCAAAACUGUUGCAGAAUUUCUACAAAGAUAUGUCAAGUUCAAGGAGGGUGCUGUGCAGCUAAGUACAAAGCCUACAAAGGAGGUUCCUCCCCAUGGGUUGCUAUAUGUUGGUCAAAGGGAAAUGGCAGUAAUUUCACCAGAAGAUGAGUGUAUACAAGUGUUGGGUACAGAUGAUGCAACCACAUGUCAUAUUGCUAUCCUAAGACACACAGCAUCAUUGGUGACUGGGAUGGCUCACUUUGAUGGAUCUGGUUUACAGCUGGCUGUACAAAAUCUUAUUGAUACAGUUCUCAGAGAAACUGGUGGAAAGCAGUGGGGAAGACUAGAGUUAACUCUUGUUGGAGGAUUUAAAGAUAGCAGGGGAAUGUCAGAGGAACUAUCAUUCAAACUAUUUGAUGCUUUUAACAGAUCACCAACAGAUGUUCAUCUGGUCACAGCAUGUAUAACAGAUUUGAAUACAAGAAUUGAAAAGGGCAUUCCAUAUCCAGUCAUUUAUGGAUUAGCUGUGAUUGUUCAGACAGGGGAAAUUUUUCCUGCCAAGUUUCAAGACAGAGGUCCAGAGCAGCCCCUUCGAUCAGCAAGACACUUUACGGGAUCAGAAGAGGUAAUUAACAUAUAUGACAACAGAAAGAAACAACUUGUGAUUGGACCAUUUGAUUACAGCACCAUGGACGAAAUUGAUCUCCUCUGUAGACUGCCUGAUCCAAUUAUUAGAGAGCACUUGUCGACAUCUCCAGAACAAGAACCUAAACAUUUUGAAGCAAGUGUACGUGCUGCCCUUGUACAGAUUAGAGACUUCCCAGACCCUUUGAAAUCAGUGUUCAAAGGCAAAGGUAUCUACUUCAAGAAAGAAGCUGAUGGGAGAUGGACCAAAGUAGACUGAUUAGUUAACUUCUUUCAAGCUUCAUGUGUAUAAACUUCUUUUAGGCUAGCCUAUCGAGUUUGUGGUACAUAUUUCAUUGUCAGUGUUGGAAAUUUGAUUUUAAGCUUUAAUGAGCAUAUAGUGCUCAAGGUGAGCUAUUCUGUGUCUGUUGUUGUGUCAUCAACAGCUCUAGAGCCAAUCUUCAUGACUGUUACCCUUAAUAAAACCUUGAAUGAGUUGGAAGCUGUGUCACCUGGAUUUAAUCAAAGCACUGAGAGUACUGAUAGGUCAGGGCAAUUCAGCUGUAUUUAUAACAUGACAGAAUAAUCUUCAAGGUUCACACAGAAAUGAAGUUAUUAUUAUUAUUAUUGUUAUUAUAAAUCUGGGAACUGAAUUCAAGGACUUUUCAAGAUCAAAUUGACAUUUUCAAGGACUGGUACUAGUACCUUGCUCCAUUCUUUUCGAGACUGUUACGUUUUUUUGUUGUUGUUUUUUGUUUUUUUUUGGUGGUGUUACUUUGAAACACAUUUAUCAAACUAUCUUAACCAUAGAUAUUAUUCAUAACUUUCGCCCAUGGCACUUUUUCAAUUGUUUUAUUACAAACUCGGCAAUGCGCGCUGUGGACGCCAUUUUCCUUUCUGCACCAUCUAUAAUCCUUUAGCCAACUCAGUUUGAAACGGCACUUACCAUAUUAAAAUCAGUUGUCAGUAAAUCAAAACAGGAAUCAGUAAAAUUUACUUUUUAUGAUUCGAUUCGACAUUUCAAGCACUUUUCAAAAUGCAACUCAUUUCCAAGCACUUUCCAAGGCCUGUGCGAAACCUGAGAUUUACACUGAAAAUUGGAUUAUGUCUGGCAUUUCCAAGAUUCAUGCACACGCUGUAGUUACAAACAAAAAAAACUCAGUCUAUAAACAGAUUAUACUUUGUAGCUUUGAAAUAUGUCAAAGUAUUAAACUCGCACAUGAACACAAAUUCAACCUUAUUGUAUGAAUCCUAUACAUAAUGACUUUAACAUCUGUCUUUAGUAAAUAGUAUCAGUUUGGAUUGUCAAUUCAAAGAAAUUUUUGUGUAUUAAAGGUUAAACAAAUUUG